AUGGAUACCAAGUCCCAGCUCCAGAAGAUCGCUCAGCUGAAAAGUUCCGCUAAUCUCGUUCUUCCUGAAAUGGACAAUUCAGCCUCGGAGGUAUCGACCCCCGCUACGGUUCCAAAGCAAGGGUAUGCUCCGGCACGUACUGACAUCCCAGACUUCAUCUUCAACAACGGGUUGGGCCGUUUCGACGUCAGACUCGCAGAGGAAUACGUGUACGCAGAUAUGCCAGACUUGAAGACGUUCGAAAAGCUCUGGACCCACCUGAGCUGGAGGUGGAACAAGCACUGGCUCAAGAGCCCUCUGACCAGGGAGGAAAAGGCUCAGGUCAGAGUUUGCAUCUCCGAGCUGGGUAAGGAGAUGGUCGAGUACCGGAAUACCAAGGAGCGUGGUGGAAGAUCGGCAGACCGGAAUGACCUGUUUAAUCGCAUUGCGAUCGUCUUGAACUGGGUCGAGGGGGGCACUGGGGGGAAACUGCCGCUUGAUUGGAGGGGGUUGGAGUAG